AUGACAAUGUACAUAAAUAAGAAAGUAAGUAAUACACGUUAAAAAGAAGGUAAAAAGCUAACCGCAUAAUAAUUAAGAAAUGGUAUAGACUUAUAGAUAAAAGAUAAUUAAAAUUAUAAUUUUAAUCUAAUAGCUAAUUAAUUAGAAUAAAAGAAGAAAUAAAUAUCAAUGAAAGAGCUUUAUAAAGAACAUUAAAGCUAAUAGAAUGAUCCUAUAUAUAAACAAAUGGAAGAAAAACUAUUCUUAAGUAAUUAUAAUGAAGAUUUUAUAAUAUUUUCUACAUAAAAUGAAGAUCAGCAUAAAUAAAAGAAUAAAAAAGAAAGAAGUGACUAAUAAAAAAAUUUAAGUUUUAUUCUAUCAUAAAACAUACUACCUUAAAAAAUCGAAGAACUAUAUAAGGAUUUCAAAAAAGUGCAAUUAAAGAAUAAAUUAAAUGAAUUAAAAAGACAAAAUGAAGAUAUGGAAAUAAUUUAAAGAAAUAUAAAAAAUUAAAAUAAAUUACAAGAAUAUAAUAAAGAAUAAUAAAAAAAUAAAAGGAUUCUUUCAAGAAUAUGCAAAAAAAGUUAAUUUAAUAUAUCUACUAUUUUAAAUAUAGAUAAUAAUGAUAUUUAAUAUAAAAAAAUGGGGAUAAAACUAUAAUUAAUUAAAAAUUUAAAGCUUUGGAAUUAUUUAAUGAGUUUAUUUAAGUAGAAGACAAAAAACAAAAGAAAAAUAUAAUAAAAAUUUAUAAAUAGACUAAAAUUGAUAAUAUUGGAUAAGAGUUUUCAAAAGGUAAGCUCAAAAUGCAUGAUAUAAAACAAAAAACGAAUUAACUUAAUAAAUAGAAACACAAAUUUAAGAAAAUGA